AUGGAGUCUCGCUAUAUCAACGAGGGACAUAAAACCUGUCUGACGAUUUACAUGGCACAAACCUGCACCUCAACAAAUUCAGACGUCACACUUCAGAAUCAUCUAAGGAUUGUUCAAGCUGGAGACAGUGUUAACUUCACAUGUAUUUUAUCAGGCGAAAUAAGAUCCAGCGUGGCUUGGGUCAGACAAAGAGUUGGAGAGAAACCCCGUCUGAUCGCUUCAAUAUAUCAAGCUUUAGAUGUCAAAUUUGAAAAUGAAUUUGACAAACGUAAACGUUAUUUUGUAACAAAAGAUGAUAAAUGUUUUAAUCUGAGCAUCACAAAUGCAGAAGAAUCAGACACUGCAACAUACUAUUGUGUAACAUAUGUAUUUAAUUUCAUAUUUGGAAAAGGAACUGAUCUCAUUGUUAAAGGUGGAGAACUGAGCAUCGACUCUGAUCAUCAGAGACCUGCGUCAGAUCCAGAUCAUCCAGAAGAGUCUGCAGUGGUCCUGCAGUGUGCCGUCGUCACUCAGAGCUGUGCAGGAGAACACAACGUCUACUGGUUCAGACACGAAUCUGGAGAAUCUCCUCCAGGAAUCAUUUACACUCAGGAGCGCAGGAACGGUCAAUGUGAGAGGAGCUCUGAUGGGAACUCUACCACACACAAAUGUAUCUACAACCUGCCCAAGAACAACCUCGGUCACUAUGAUGCUGGGAUUUACUACUGCGCUGUGGCCUCAUGUGGAGAAAUACUGUUUGGAGAUGGAAGAGAAGUUGAUUCACCAGAUACACCAUGGAGUACAAUUGUUCUGGUUUUAGCAGCUUCAAACUGUUUAUCAGUGAUUGUGAUCAUAGUUCUGGGCUCACAGUUAUACAAGCACCAGCAAAAAGCAAGACGUGUGAGAACAGAAAGAGGUGUGAAAACAGAAAUAGAGGACAGGGGUCAGUCUCAAGCGGAAACAGAGACAUACAUGUUUACCAGCACUCAGAUCUGA